GAUCGUUCGACCCGGCGCGCCGUGGCAUUCGCGAGUUCGAAUCGAAGAUUCGCGGAAUCCGGAGCUCGAAAAGAUGUCAGACGUUCCCGAAAACGCUCCACAGAGCUGUCCUGGAACUAGCAGCGGAGAUGCUGGUAAAGCCGCCGGCUGCGCGGGGUGUCCGAACCGAGCGGCCUGUGCUUCAGGACCGACCGGUCCCGAUCCAGACUUGGCUGUGAUCAGAUCUCGACUUGCGUCAGUCAAGAAGAUAAUUCUGAUUCUGUCCGGUAAAGGCGGCGUUGGAAAAUCCACAGUGACUUCUAUGUUGGCACAAGUCCUGUCGCUCGAUCGUUCCGUGGCAGUCCUGGACGUGGACAUCUGUGGACCGUCUCAGCCAACGAUGAUGGGUGUAGAAGGAGAACAGGUGCAUCAGUCGGGCAGUGGAUGGAGUCCUGUGUAUCCAGACGAAAAUCUCGCCUUGAUGAGCAUCGGUUUUUUAUUGAAAAGCAGAGACGACGCGGUAGUCUGGCGAGGCCCUCGGAAAAAUGGUUUGAUCAAACAGUUCUUGCGGGAUGUGGACUGGGGCGAAUUGGAUUAUCUGCUCGUCGAUACACCCCCGGGCACGUCGGACGAGCACCUUACCGUCGUCCAGUAUUUGAAAGGAUGCAAUUUGGCUGGAGCUAUUUUGGUUACGACUCCUCAGGCCGUGGCGGUUCAGGACGUUCGGAAAGAGUUCGAUUUUUGUCGGAAGGUCUCAUUGCCCGUUCUGGGAGUGAUAGAGAACAUGAAAGGCUACAUGUGCCCUAACUGCACUGUGCGUUCCGAUAUAUUCCCGUCGAAUGGAGCGUGUGAGAAGAUGUGCCGCGAUUUCGGUCUGAAGCUUCUCGGCGAAGUUCCCCUGGAUUCGAAACUCGCACAAGCUUGCGACGAGGGAAAACUUUUUGUGCAGCAGUUCCCCGAUGCGCCGGUGACUGAUGUCUACAAAAACAUCGCUCAAGGAAUCAGAAGCUCUCUUGAAGAAUCGGACCAGUCCGACGCUCAGAAGUAGCGGCCGGAGUCUGUAACGAACGAUGAUUCCGAUAAGUUUUCCUGCGGCUUGAUUCAAUAAAGAUCGAGGAUGCCACUUC